CCGUUUGAACCUUGUUCAUCCCUGGCCCUGAAGUGAAGCACAGCGUUAUUUUCUCAGACAGGCACUAUGGCUAACCAGCUGUUUGCCAUUCUGCUCUUUGCUUUUCUGUCAGGGCUCCUGGAGGCAGAAAGGAAUGUAUUCUUAGGGGACAAAACUGCAAACAAAUUUUUGAGAAGAACAAGACGUGCCAAUUCAAUAUUUGAGGAGGCUAAGCAAGGGAAUAUUGAAAGAGAGUGCUACGAGGAGAUAUGCUCAAAAGAAGAAGCCAGAGAGGCCUUUGAAGACAAUGAGCGAACAGACGAAUUUUGGAAUAUAUAUUCUGAUGGAAAUCAGUGUGAGACUAACCCUUGCCAUUAUGGUGGAACGUGCAAAGAUGGAAUUGGUAAAUACACCUGCACGUGUUUAGAUGGCUAUCAUGGCCCCAACUGUGAAUCAGUCAUCCAAAAGUAUUGCAAACUAAACAAUGGUGGCUGCCAUCACUUCUGCACCCUUGUAGAAAACACUGUUGUAUGCACUUGCGCUGAUGGAUAUAUUCUGGGGGAAGACGGAGCAUCUUGCGUUGCUACAGGAAGUUUUCCCUGUGGUCAAAUUACAAUGAAAAAAGAAGUACCAAAAAAAAAGAGGGAAGCAAAUUCAUUUGGAGACAUGAUUGAGUAUGAAGACACAGAGUUGAUUUAUGAUGAUUCAUUGAGUGACCAGAAUUUCACCAGUGACCAGAAUUCCUACACUCCUAGCACCUCCGUACGCGUCCAGGGUGGCACCUCGCUCAACAGUGCACAGAAUAACUCAAAAACAGAGAUUAAACCUGGUGGGAGAGUAGUUGGCGGAGAAAAUUGUAAGCCAGGCGAAUGUCCAUGGCAGGCACUUCUCAUAACUGAAGAUGGUGAUGGGUUUUGUGGAGGAACAGUUUUGAACCAGUUUUUUGUGCUCACUGCAGCUCACUGUAUAAACCAAACAAAAUCAAUUAAAGUUAUUUUAGGGGAAGUAGACAUCGCUGCAAGAGAAAGAACCGGCACACUUUAUGCUGUGGAAAAAAUAUUUGUGCAUCAAAAAUUUGUAUUGCAAACUUAUGACUACGAUAUUGCCCUCAUUAAGCUGAAGAGUCCCAUCCAGUUUUCAGAAAAUGUUACUGCUGCAUGUCUUCCCACUCCAGACUUUGCAAAUCAAAUCUUAAUGGCUCAAGAGACAGGCACCAUUAGUGGGUUUGGACGCAUCCAGGAAAGAGGUCGGCAGUCCACCAGGCUUCGAGUUGUUAAACUACCGUAUGUCGAUAGGAAUACCUGCAAGCAAUCAAGCAAUUUUGCAAUCACCGAAAAUAUGUUCUGUGCUGGCUAUGAUACAAUUGCAAAGGAUGCAUGUCAGGGGGACAGCGGAGGCCCUCAUGUAACUGAAUACAAGGGCACUUAUUUUGUCACUGGUAUUGUGAGCUGGGGAGAAGGGUGCGCAAGAACAGGAAAAUAUGGGGUUUAUACAAAAGUAUCAAAAUUCAUAAUGUGGAUCAAGAGAAUUAUGGCUCGAGCCAUGCAAGGCAAGGUUGCAUAAACAGGGCAGCUGUUGCCUGUUUUGGUGAACAUAGGACUAUUCAUCAGUGAAUUCUGUUUAGAACUUCCAAAGUCACUGCAAUUUGCUGUUGUGUUCUUCACAUAGUUUGCCUCUUAUCUUGCUAUAGUCGAGUUCCCACACAUUUAUACUGGCAGGUUUGAAGGGGGGGGGGUUGUUUCAGUUCUUACCUCUUGUGAGUCACCCAUUUCAAUUGAUUCCCAAGCUCCUGAAUGGAGCCUUUGACUGACCCAAAGGGAUAUGGGAAUAGAAUCACAAUGAUGAUGAUACAGUUCCAUUUUUAAAGCAAUCAGGUGCUGAUAAUAUUCAACCAUUAAUAGAGAGAUUCGGUGUACUUUUUAAAAAAAGGAUAUCACAAUUAAAUCAAGCAUUUUUAUAUCAGAAAAUGUGGGUGUUGGAAAAGUUUAGAAACUUUUCAGAUUUGUGAAUUCAGCUAAAUGGUUUUUUUUUUAAUCCACAUUUGAGUUAGCACUUGGACAAAUUUUGACUGCAAUUAAUUUACUUGGACAGUGCGUUAUUUACAAUUAAGAUUUCAGUAAUAUUUUUAACAUUAGUAUAAAUUCCCUGCUUUAAAACUUUGUUUCUUGACAUCAUAAUUAUAGCAAGAUAAGGACUCCUAAAUUUAGAUGGAUUAAAUGGAGGAAUUAAGGACAUGCUUAACUUCUAUGAUAACCAAUGGGAAUUAAAAGUAAGUAAUAUUGCAUUACUGAUAUAUACAGUGCUUUUUUUCUAAAAAAAGUUUUAGGGGUACUCUCAGUUUGACUCAAGAAAAUCACCAUUUUAUAGUUCAAAUUUUUACUUUCUCCCAUUAGAUUCACAAAAUGUUUAGGGGUAUGCGUACCCCCUGAAAAAAAGCACUGGAUAUAUCACAUACCAAUGAUGAAGUCUAGGAUCACGGACCUAUUAACUAGCUGAAUUAAAACUAAAUAUAAGCAAAAGCAUCAUAAAUUAGCAGAGAAAUGCUUCGGAAUUGAAGUAGGGGGUAGCUUUACUGCUUUGUUUUUAAAGAGAUACUUUCUGUGCUGAAGUCUAUAAAGAAAAAGGAAGGAAGCAAAACAGCCACAGUAGUAUUCAUUGCCAUUAAUAUCCCAAAUAGUAUCCAAAAUAGGUGAUAGACCACCUAAUUUUACAUAGCAACCCCAAUGACAAUGAAUGUGUGUCCUGGAAAAAAUUUAAAAUGUAGCACACCUGCUUAUGGGAGAAAGUAUUGAUAUCCCUGCAUGGGAAGACUGGUGUGCCGCAUCAACAAUACCUGCAUAAACACAAACCAAUCCUGUACAUACAAACUUACAAACUAAGUCCCACUGAGGUUAAUGUAAUUAAUCCAAAAUAAAUGAUCGUAUGUGGAAAACAAUUCACCUGAAAAGGCCCCUAGAUUCUAGCUUUUCUGUGAUAUCUGAAGCUGAAGUCACAGCCAGUUCAUACAGUUAGUUUAAUGUAAUGGUUUGGAUGGCGGGUGAAACCGCUACAGCUGACUUUUUUUUUUUGACACAGUGGUUGAGCCUAUGAAUGUGUAGUAUGGUACAAUUUGCCACCUUAAGAUCUGAUACAUAUUUUAAAGACUUUCUAUAAAUGCUGGAAUGCAUCCUUUAUGCCUCAGGGCACUCAAGUCAUGCCUUUGGUCAACAACUAGUUUCAGAAGGGAAUUAAGGUCGUGGGCCAAAAUCCUAUCUUCCAAAGAGGCUAGCUGAUAAAAACAAUAUGACCACCAUAAAGCCUAUACAACUUGGCUGUCAAUUUUGAAAAAAAAAACCUUGGUGGAUUAUUCAUAUGUAUUUUACUUCUUCUGUUUCACAAUAUUUUCCAUAAUUCCAUAUUCUCAUUUGUUCUGUAUGCAAUAGUAAAACAAUAUGUUAGAAGUUU